AUGGUGGUGGUUGAUCCGAACGUAUUCGCGAGGACCGAACGGCUGCUGCUGCGACCGUUACGCGUCGAAGAUGCAGAGGAUAUAUUGUUGAUGCGGAAGCAUCCGGAGGUCAUGAAGCAUACUUCUAUUCUACCUUCGGAUGACCUGGAGGGCGCGAAAGCAUGGAUUCAAGGUUGCUACCAGGUUGAAGGCAACUGGAACUUUGCAAUCGUCCUCCUAGCGCCACACGAAGGCCCCGAUGUCAUAGGCCUGAUCGGAGCGGUCCGCGCCCCAGAAAUUGGAUAUAUGUUCAACGCUUCAUACUGGGGAUAUGGGUACGCUACCGAAGCGUUGCGCGCGUUCAUGCCUUUGUUCUUUGAGCAUUAUUCGGGACGUGAUAGGGCAAACUAUGUGCCGGAAGACUUCGGACAGGCUAUACACAACGAGAACACAGGAAAUGGGAAUCUAGAGGGUGACGACAGGAACAACAGAAACAGACUGGCACCGAGAUACGAUUACGCGGAGGCACAUACCGAUACCGAGCUGGCAUCUAGUCAGAAUGUUUUGGAAAAGGUUGGGUUCAGGCUGCAUGAGAAGAGGGAAAAUGACUUUAACAAUCCUGUCUUGGGCUUGAGGUCGACUUAUAUAUACAGGAUGUAUAGAAUUGCUGUUGAAGCAAAGCCUCCUAGGUAG